CGCUUUCAGCUUGAAAUAAAAUACUGUGCUUCAACUUCAUUCAGUGUUUUGAAAUGAACAAUCUUCUACAUUUUUGCAAUCUAUUUACAAAAUUGUCAGAAUUAAAUCCACUGUCGUUAUUUCUUGCAUACUAAACAUUUCAACAUCGACAAGAAAUCGAGUGACUAAAUUUACCUACACAGUUUUUCAAAACAUUCAGAAUUUCCGAAGAAAAAAAAACGCGAAAUUCUUUGAAACAUCGAUAAAUUAGUAACUUUCAAUUGAAAGUAUCAUAUUACAGUCAGAACAAAAAAAAAUACCACCUCUAAGCAGUGAUUAACAAAAAGUGUGACAAAUUACCGGCGAUUCAUAAUAUCAACAAGUUCGCAUUUGGAAUUGAGAAAAAUAAAAAUGAAAUUCUGGAAUACAAUGUUUGCAAAACUUAUUAAAGAAAACCUGGUUCUAAGGUGGAAAUGUCAUGUCCAACUGUAAAAUACUGUCUUUGUUUCAUCAAUUUGAAAUUGGCUGGCAUUUUAUUGGGUGUAAUAGACAUUUUGUGGCGUUCCGCGCAUAUUUAUCUGAUUCUCAAAAGUAAUGGAAACAUCUCCGUUGACUCCAUUUUUGGAUUUUACAAGAAUGAAUACGCAUCAAUUUCUGGAUAUACAAUUGUGGCACAUUGCAUUUGCAUUCCCAUUUCUGUGCUGUGGCUUAUAGGCAUUUUUACCCAAAUACCAGCGCUAAUGGUCCCAUCACUAGUUGUGUCGUUCAUCUCAUUCUUUCUAUUGGCCUUUUUGUCAUCUCUGUUUUGGUUUACGGCGUUCGAAGAUCGAAGGCGAUUGAUGGUUAUCGUUUUUAUUUGUUUCUGCAUCGCAGCCUUUUGUUUUCAUCUGUGGAUCGUCCAGUUGUCUCUCUAUAAAUCGCUGAAAAGUGCCGACAUCGACCGAAUUGAUCAAAGAAACAGAUAUGAGCUUCGAGUCUUGGAUGGGAUUUGAAUGAACGAAAACAGGACGAAUUUAAAAUUGCUGACAAAAUGACAUGGGCCUAAUCAAAUUAUAACAUUUUGGAUAUCCACAUGACGUCAUAUUUGCAAUGUCUCUUGCUGUGUCAAAUACUAAAAUUCAUUGGCAAAACACGUGUCGUUUAAUGUCCAGCAGUUACAUCAUGCUGGGCAUCACUGCUGAGAUAAAAAAUGAGAUGUCGAUGAAAAACACCGAAAUUCUCAAAGUGGAAUUAACAAACACCUAAUGUCGAGAAAAACUGUCUCAAAUAUUGAUUACUGAGACACUUACUAGAAUAAGCUAAAAUUGUCAAAGAAAAGGAAUAGAUAUUAGAACACUACUAUACUCGUUGUUAAAUUAGAAUCCCGGGUGUAAAUUUUUGCUACUGAAUUGCUUCUAAA